GAAGCGAUGCUAAACUCCACCUCCAAGCACGUCCUGCACUGUGCGCUACUGUUCGGAUUGCUGUUCGCGUUCGAAAUCUUCUGCGGAGGCAUCAAGGUAAAGGAAAGCUCGUUCGUCGUUAUCGACCCGUGGGCCGAGUAUGGCACGCUGGUAACGAUCGUCCUGUACUUGCUACGGCUGCUCACCUUCCUGACGCUGCCGCAGGUACUGUUCAACUUUUUCGGGCUGGUCAUCUACAAUGCCUUCCCGGAGAAGGUGAUCCUGAAGGGUUCGCCGCUGCUCGCACCGUUCAUCUGCAUACGGAUUGUGACGCGCGGCGACUACGCGGAGCUGGUGAAAACGAACGUGCUGCGCAACAUGAACACGUGUCUCGACACGGGGCUGGAGAACUUUUUGAUCGAGGUCGUCACGGACAAACCGAUCGGGCUGCCGAAGCAUCGGCGGACGCGCGAAAUUGUCGUGCCGAAGGAGUACAAAACGAAGUCGGGUGCGAUGUUUAAGGCGCGCGCGCUACAGUACUGUCUGGAGGAAACGGUAAACGUGCUGAACAACACCGACUGGGUGGUACAUCUGGACGAGGAAACGCUGCUGACGGAGAACAGUGUGCGUGGCAUCAUAAACUUCGUGCUGGACGGGAAGCAUCCGUUCGGGCAGGGGUUGAUAACGUACGCGAACGAGAAUGUGGUAAACUGGCUGACGACACUGGCGGACAGUUUCCGCGUGUCGGACGAUAUGGGCAAGCUGCGGUUGCAGUUCAAAAUGUUCCACAAACCGUACUUCAGCUGGAAGGGUAGCUACGUGGUAACGCAGGUCCACGCAGAAAAAGCGGUCUCGUUCGAUAACGGUAUCGACGGUUCGGUGGCGGAAGAUUGCUUCUUCGCGAUGCGUGCCUACGCCCAGGGCUACACAUUCAACUUCAUCGAGGGCGAGAUGUACGAAAAGUCACCGUUCACGCUCACCGAUUUUCUGCAGCAGCGCAAACGUUGGCUGCAGGGCAUACUGCUAGUGGUACGGUCCGGCUCGAUACCGGCCCGCAACAAGAUACUGCUCGGCAUCAGUCUCUGCUCAUGGAUCACGAUGCCACUGUCCACGUCGAACAUGAUCUUUGCCGCGCUCUAUCCGAUACCCUGCCCGAAUCUGAUCGAUUUCGUGUGCGCGUUCAUUGCCGGGUUUAACAUCUACAUGUACGUGUUCGGUGUGAUCAAAUCGUUCUCGCUGUAUCGGUUUGGGCUGGUAAAGUUUCUCGCGUGCGUACUGGGCGCCCUGUGCACCAUCCCGAUCAACGUGGUCAUCGAGAAUGUGGCGGUCAUUUGGGGACUGGUCGGGAAGAAGAACAAGUUCUACGUGGUGCAGAAGGAUGUGCGAGCGCUCGUCACUGUUUAGAGAAGGCA